AUGUUUCAAAACUGCUACAACUUAGAAGAAGUUAUACUAGGUCCAUCAACAAUAACAAUGUAUAUAUCAACGUUUGAAAAUUCUGCAAUUUCUAAAAUAAAUUUAGAAUACAUAAAAAAUAUACAUGACAAUGCAUUUUUUGGAUGCAAAAACAUUAAACAUGUUGAUAUUCAAAAUGUUACAAUGUUUGGAUCUUAUUGUUUUUCUGAAUCUGGUCUAAUCGAUUUUAAAUUCAUACAAGAUGUCAAUGAAGUGGCAGAAGGUAUGUUUCAACAUUGUGUUGAUUUGGAAACAGUAACAUUAAUGCCUAGAAUUGGAAUUAUUGAGGGCAACGCUUUUUAUCAGUGUAUUAAACUUCGAAAUAUUGAUAGUUUAUAUCAUAUAACUAGAAUUGGACAUAACGCCUUCGAAUAUACAUCAUUAACACAAAUAGAAAAUAAUGAAAUAUUAGAAUUGGAUUAUAAUGCAUUUUCUAAUAUUGUCACAUUGCAAAGUGCAAUUUUCAGAACAAUUCAAACAAAUUGUGAAACAUUUUUGAACUGUAUCAACUUAAAGACUAUUGAAAUUAAAGAAGCAUAUUAUGUUGAUUUGGGAUAUAACUUUUAUAAUUGUCUUUCACUGGAAUCAUUUAAAUCUGGACAGGCUCGUGUAAUAGCAGAUUAUGAUUUUGCAAAUUGUCGUAAUUUGGUUACCUUUGAUGUACCAUUUGUUGCUUUGUUAUUGAAAUGUUGUUUCAAAAACUGCAAACCAUUGACUCAUUUUGAUUAUAAUCCUGAUUAUUUUUAUUCUGCAGCAUUUCAAGGAUGUUCUAAGUUAGAAACCGUUAAAUUUUUACACUAUGGAAAUUUUUAUUUAAACACAAAGAAAUCGUUAUUAGGGUCUUAUCGUCCCAUUCUAUCUCCUAUUACUGAAUAUGUAUUUUCAGAAUGUACUAGCUUGAAAAUUAUAGAUACUGAUUAUGGAGAAAAAGGUAUGUUUGCAAAUUGUUUCUCAUUGACUGAAGUUAAUUUUUAUGGGAAAUCAUUAAGUUAUGGUGCUUUCCUUAAUUGUAUUAAUCUAAAAACCAUUAGAUUUUUAAAUGAUCAAUAUAGUGGUCCAUUUAAAGGUGAUUCAAUUCCAUGUAAUUGUUUCUAUGGAUGUGUUAAUUUAGAAGAAAUUAACUUACCAGAAACUGUAAAAACUAUUGAAAAUUCUGCAUUUUACAACACUUCCCUUAAGAAUGGAAUUGACCUCAAAAAUGUUCAAAAUAUAAAACCAGAUUCGUUCUCGUACUCAAAGGUGUCAUCAUUAAAGAUUUCAAAAGAGGUAAAUAUAAAUAAGAAUUUGUAUACACUUGAACAUUGUGAUGAAUUAAAAGAGAUAAUAUUUGCUGGUCAAGGAUCGAUUCCGUUGGCACUCUUGAAAAACUGUCCAAAGUUCAGCACUUUGAAGUUGAGUGACAAAUUUACAUAUCAAAAUGGAAUUGUUAGAAGAAUUGAUUCACAAUCAGGAAAUUCGAUUGUGACUUAUAAUAUAUCAUAUGAAUCAACUGAAAUAAUUAUUCCAGAUGAUAUUAAAAAUAUCGCAUUUGCAGCUUUCUUAUGUUCAAACUUAAUUAAAUCAAUAAAAAUUAAUCAUGAUGUUAAAAUAGGUAAUUUUGCAUUUUGUAACAUGGAAUCAUUAGAAGAAGUAGAAAUCAAUGCAAAAGAAAUACCAGCAUAUUGUUUCUACAAUUGUUCAAAACUAUCAAAAGUUACACUUUCAAAUAUAGUUGAAAGUAUUCAGUAUCAAGCAUUUUCAUAUACAAAACUCAAACAAAUAGAUUUGCCUUUGUCAUUAAAGAAUAUAUUUAGGCCAUUUCUUUUAUGUCCUAUCAGAAGAAUCCGUUUCGAAUCUAA